AUGAACCUGCACCAGCAGCAGAAUCAUUUUCUGGAAAUAGACAAGAAGAACUGCUGUGUGUUCCGGGAUGACUUCAUUGCCAAUGUGCUGCCACCAGUGCUGGGGCUGGAGUUUGUGUUCGGGCUCCUGGGCAAUGGCCUUGCCCUGUGGAUUUUCUGCUUCCACCUCAAGUCCUGGAAAUCCAGCCGGAUUUUCCUGUUCAACUUGGCCGUGGCCGACUUUCUCCUGAUCAUCUGCCUGCCAUUCUUGACGGACAACUACGUGAGGAAGUGGGACUGGAAGUUUGGGGACAUCCCUUGCAGGCUGAUGCUCUUUAUGCUGGCCAUGAACCGCCAGGGCAGCAUCAUCUUCCUCACCGUGGUGGCCGUGGACAGGUAUUUCCGGGUGGUCCAUCCCCACCACGCACUGAACAAGAUCUCCAAUCGGACGGCGGCCAUCAUCUCCUGCCUCUUGUGGGGUGUCACCAUCGGCCUGACGGGUCACCUCCUGCACAAAAAGAUGUUGAUCAGGAAUCGAGAUGCGAAUUUGUGCAGCAGCUUUAGCAUCUGCCAUACCUUCAGGUGGCACGAUGCCAUGUUCCUCCUGGAGUUCAUCCUGCCCCUGGGCAUCAUCCUGUUCUGCUCGGCCAGAAUCAUCUGCAGCCUGCGCCAGCGGCAAAUGGACAGACACGCCAAGAUCAAGAGGGCCAUCAACUUCAUCAUGGUGGUGGCCAUUGUCUUCAUCAUCUGCUUCCUGCCCAGCGUGGCUGUGCGCAUACGCAUUUUCUGGCUCUUGCACACCACGGGUACGAAGAACUGUGAUGUCUAUCGCUCGGUUGACCUGGCGUUUUUCAUCACCCUCAGCUUCACCUACAUGAACAGCAUGCUGGACCCUUUGGUGUACUACUUCUCCAGCCCAUCUUUUCCCAACUUCUUCUCCACCCUGAUCAACCGCUGCCUGCGGAAGAAGACACCACAAGGGCCAGAUAACAACCAGAGCACAAGCAUGGAGCUCACGGGGGAUCUGAGUACAACCAGGAGUGUUCCAGACACUUUAAUGGCCAACCCCAGUGAGCCGUGGAACCCAUCUUAUCCAGCCCCAGCUUCUCGCUAAAUAAUCGAGCCAAGAAGAGAGAUUGUUACCAAGAACCAAGGUCUCUGGAGAAACGGUUUGGCUGGGUGCACAGAGUACCAUUGUUAGACCCGGCCUGUGGUUUCCUGGAACUUCCAGAUUCAGAGAAUCAG